GGCUCGUUGCGAGCCAUUCAAAAGCAGGCCAUCCACCUCCGGACUCGCUGCUGCGUCGCGCCCGCCAUGGCGCUGCAGCUUCAGGCCGCCACUCCGCAUCCCCCUCUUCCUCUCCGCGCCUCGAGCGGCCGAUUCACUCCGCUGCCUCCUCCUCUCGUUCUCCGCGCCGUAGCUUCCUCCCGUCCGUGCUACUCGCGGCACCUCUACUACUCUCCUGCGCCCACGCAUCGCCGGCGGCGGGGAAGCGUGAGCGCCGGCGCGGGCAGAGGCGGGCGGGGGGAGUCCCCUUACGAGGUGCUCGGCGUGUCGCCGUCGGCGUCGCCCGACGAGAUCAAGCGCGCGUACCGGCGGCUUGCUCUCAAGUUCCACCCGGACGUCAACAAGGAGGCCAAUGCGCAGGAGAAAUUUUUGCGGAUCAAGCAUGCGUACAACACGCUCAUGAAUUCAGAGAGCCGGUCCAAGUACGCGAGCAGCAGCACAGAUUCGUCCAGGACAUACGGGAAGAGCAGCACUACAUCAGCUGGUGAAGAAGAGCAAUUCUAUGGGUUUGCUGAUUUUCUUAAAGAUCUUCAAGCAGAAUUUCAGAACUGGGAAGCUAGUCUGAAUUCAGAACAGAAACCUAAAAGCUUGUGGGAAGAGUUAGCAGCGAUUGGUGAAGAAUUUGUUGAGUUUCUGGAGAACGAACUCAAGGUUGAUGAUUCCAGUGCUGCAGAAGGUAAUGAUCCAUACACACAAUCUGGAGGGAGUAACAAAAACAAGCAAGCUGAUAAUACAUCAACAAGUAGUUUUGACGAUAGCGUAUCCGAGAUAGAGGCUACCCUCGAGAAGCUGAAGAAGGAACUUGGGCUGGGUUAAGCCAUUUGCUACUGAUGGCAUACGUACUGCUGCAACUUUAGCCAUGUGCAACUGACUUGGUGCUGUGUGAUUGUGAAGAUAUUUCUUAUACUCAAUUGUUGUCGGAUGGUACCGAUAGCCAUCGCAACCUGCUUGAUGUCUUUGUGCAGGUAUUUGAUGUACCCAUUUUUUUGUCAUCAGAAGGUGAUGGUAGUUUCCAGAUAUAUUGUAGUUUAGGUGAUAGAGCUCACAAGCUCACGCAUCCAGCUUCUCUUAAGUUGUUUUUUUUUUUGUUCUUGUGUAUUGUGCACUUUUGAAAUGUUGGGAGGGGUGAAA